AUGCUCUGAAGGUGAACUGGACAGCGCCCGCUGGAAAACGGAAUCUGUCUGAAAAAACCUUCCUUCACCCAAAGGCCUGUUGGUCGUCAAGAGGGAACCUCUACAACGGCCGAACUCUGCAAGUGAUGGGCUCGGAGAACAGCGCUUUAAAGAGCUACGCACUAGAAGAGCCGCCGUUCACGCUGCCAACGGGACACACAAUUUAUCCCGCCGUGCUACAAGAUGGCAAACUUGCUUCGGUCUUUGUGUACAAGCGAGAGAAUGAAGAUAAGGUUAAUAAAGCUGCCAAGCACCUGAAAACCUUGCGCCACCCUUGCCUUCUGCGCUUCCUCUCUUGUACUGUGGAAGCAAAUGGGAUCCACCUGGUUACAGAACGUGUGAAGCCUUUGGAGAUGGUCCUGGAGAUGCUCUCUUCUGCAGAAAUCUGCGCAGGGAUCUACGAUGUGUUGCUGGCGCUCAUCUUCCUCCAUGACAGGGGAAACCUAACGCAUAACAAUGUCUGUUUAUCAUCCGUGUUUGUAAGUGAGGAUGGGCACUGGAAGCUGGGAGGAAUGGAAACAGUCUGUAACUUCACUGAAGCCACCCCAGAGUUCCUCUGCCAUCUCAAGUCGGUACGAGACCAGUCGUGCAUCCCUUGCGAGGAGAUGUCUGCAGAUUUCAAAAUUCUGCCCAACAGCUAUGGGCACGCGAGGGAUGCCUACGCGUUUGGAACGAUGGUUGAAAAUCUCCUGACAGUCCUAAACGAUCAGGUUUCAGCAGAUAUUCUCUCCAGCUUUCAGCAAACCUUGCACUGUACGCUGCUGAAUCCAGAUCCCAAGUGUCGUCCACCACUGUCCAGCUUAUUGUGUCACGAGUUCUUCAGGAAUGAUUUUCUGGAAGUUGUGAAUUUUCUGAAGACCUUAACACUGAAGUCCGAGGAGGAAAAAACUGAAUUUUUCAAGUUGCUGCUGGCCAGAGUGGCUGGCUUGUCAGAGGAGCUGAUAGCGUCACGGCUGGUGCCUCUUCUACUCAAUCAGCUCGUGUUUGCAGAACCUGUAGCUGUCAAGAGUUUUCUUCCUCAUCUGCUGGGUCCAAAGAAAGAGCAAACUGGAGAAAGCCAGACCAGCUGCCUCCUGUCGCCAGCCUUGUUCCAGACACACGUCAUUCCUGUGCUGCUGAAGCUAUUUGAGGUUCACGAGGAGCAUGUCCGAAUGGUGUUGCUGUCUCACAUUCACGCCUACGCAGAACUGUUCUCUCGGGAGGAGUUGAAAAACAUCAUAUUGCCACAGGUAUUGCUGGGCCUUCGAGAUACCAGCGACUCUAUCGUUGCGAUAACGCUGCACAGCUUAGCAGUUCUCGUCUCCCUGCUUGGACCUGAAGUAGUUGUAGGCGGAGAAAGAACGAAGAUUUUCAAAAGCUCUGCGCCAAGUUUCAUGAAAACUGCUGAUCUCUCCCCAGAAGACUCCCCCAGUCAUGUUGUAAGCAAUCAGAGAAAUCAAAGCUCUCGGCCUUUGAGGAACAGUUCUAGCAUGUUCCCCGUCGCUGGAAAUGUACCUGUCAAGAAGCUUUCUGUGCGACAAGACAAUCCACUGGCUUUAAAGACAGGUAAGCAAGACACUCAGUCACCCCUGAAUGGAAUUCCUGGAAGCAUUAAUACGCUAGGGAGCAGCAGGAGCUCUUUGACUACCUCCGAAAAGCCAGCAGAGGAGUGGCCAGACUGGAGUGAGCCAGAGGAGACAGACACUGAGAAAACUGUGAACAUUCAAAUUCAGCCCCGAGAGCCGCGGGGCAGCGUGGGACCUUAUUUUGCUGAAAAUGAUGUAGAUGAGAAGCCUUGGGAUGACUUUGAGCCCAGCAGCCCUAGUCCUGAACUGUCCUCAGGAAACUGCCUCACUGUGACACAAGCUGAUGCAGUUGAAACGCCGAGGCCGCUGCCAGGUACCCAUCAACUAAGCAAAGAAUUCAAAAGCCUCAGACUGAGUCCCCCCCCAGAGUCCUGCCCCGGGAACAGCUGGAGCAAUGACAAGUGGGGCCACCAGGAACAACUGGGAGAAACUGUGCUGCCAAAAACAACCUUUCAGGAACGGUUAAAGUCUUCAUUGGAGACCGGCCUAGGAGAAGAAUUCAUGAUCAAAGUGAAGAGGAAACCUGUGCAAGACCCUGAGCUGGACUGGUUUGCUGACAUGAUCCCAGACAUUAAACCCUCUUCGGCUAUCUUGAUUUUACCUGAAGCGAGGACAGAAGCGGUUGUUCCCAGUCACUCUGGUGUAGUAUCCAGCAGAGACGGUGCCUCCCAGAAUGUGCUGUUUUCAUCCAAAUUUGCAGCAGCUGAUGUUAUUGAGGCUGAAGCUGCAGGCUGGGGUGAAGAAGAGUUGAACUGGGAAGAUGAUACUAACUGGUAAUGGGACUGAAAGAGACAAAGGCAAUUUAUGGUGUGUUGGAUUCUGUAAGAGAAGUUGCUGCUUCCCCAAUACAACGGAUAAGUACCUCAGCACUGCUUUUGCCCCAAGGCAGGCACUUGCUGCAGCAGCCAGCAAGAUCCUGUGGGGCCCGAUCUCUUGCAAUGGAUGCUCCUUUCCAGUCUGUGCCAAAACCUGCAGGGGUGAGGCCUGCACUCAAGCAAUAUGCCCAGCUGCGGUGCGUGCCACUGCUACCGAAAGGAGGAACAGCAUGGUGGGUGUGUUGGUGCUGACGUGCUACUGGAGGCCAAGACUGGUCUAAGCAAUCGUUCCAGAACUCAUCCCUGCUCUGAAAAACUGAUGACAAUAAAUGAAACUCACACUGAGUUCCUUGGUUAAUGUGCCUUUUUCUUUCUUUCGUUCUUUUUUUCAGAAGAGUAAAGCCCUUAGAAAGGGCUCCUUUUAACUUUUUAGCUAAGAGCUGAUUUUAAGAUGAAUGUAUGGUUUACUCUCAACUUAUUUAUUUCUGUUUAUAUAGUUCUGUCAGUGGAUGGCACAAGAGGUGCUAGGAACCGUGCAGUGAAGGACCACUGAACACAAACUGCUUAAUCACCGCAUUCUUUCUGCUCUUAUCUGUGACCAAUAAAGAUUAUUUUUAAA